AUGAGCGUCGACCGCUCUAUCGCCGAAGCAGCUCCUCUGACGCCCCAGGACCCGACGAAGGUUGCAUUCAAGCCCGCGUUUCCCGGGCCGCUGAGUGCCGGCCACGCGGGGCACCUCAUGCUGACGUGGACCGAGUUCUCAGCGUGGUGCGAGUACCACGGUCAGCUGUGCCGGCGGCGCCCCACGGGGGCGUCGAACGUCCUGUAUCUCAUGCUGACCGGGAGCGUGCAGCAGAACGAGACGGUGCCGCGCCACCGGGAGUCCUGGGCGCGCGACCGGAAUCUCGUGGUGUUCAGCGACGCAGAGGACUCGGAGCUGGGCGUGAUCACGACGCCGGAGAUCGAGGGGAAGCCAGAGCGCGCGGCCGCCGACCACAGGCAGAUCAAGGGACUUCAGUGGCUUGCGAGGUCGGGGAAGCUCGGCGGCGUCGACUGGGUGGUCUUCAUCGACGACGACACAUGGGUUAACCCCGCCGCCGUCGACGACACGCUGUCCUGCAUCAACCCCGACGUCAGGGUCGCCAUCGGCAGGGUCUGGGGCCACGUGUGGAGCCAGACCUGCCACUUCUCGGGCGGCGCGGGCAUGAUCCUGUCGGUCACGCUCGCAAAGGAGCUCGCGGUCGCCGCGUACGGGAAGCGGUGCCCUGACAAACUCGGGCGAAGAGGCGCGGGCGCGGGGUUCUUCUGGAACGACCUGUUCAUCUCCGAGUGCGUGCACGCCCUGGGGGGGAUGGUGGUGCACCAUGCGGGGAUGCACGCGGGCGCGGCGUACGGCUGGGGCCACGACAAGAUCGAAUCGCUGGCAGUGCACAGCGCGCUGACCUUCCACAAGGUGCCGACGGCCGAGUACCGCGUGCUCACGGCGAUCGCGGCGAGCAGGGCUUCGGGACUCGUGCAGCGGAACGGUACGGGGCGGGCGGUGGCGUAG